AUGGGCUUCAUCAUCAAAGCCGCACUUGCGGCGUUGUUGCACGCUUCCCUCACAUAUGCCCAGGCCGCCGCCACCUGCGCCAAUGCUCUCAAGCCGUCGUACAGCGCCCCCGUCGUCGGCGCCGGCUACACGGCGCAGCUCAUCGCGACGGGCCUCAAGAAGCCGCGCGGCAUCCUCUUCGACCGCGAGGGCGGCCUGCUCGUCGUGCAGCAGGGCACGGGCAUCCAGCGGCUCACCUUCACCGACAGCGGCGGCACCUGCCUCGCCGUCAAGGACAGCAAGACGCUCGUCGCCGACAGCGGCCUCAACCACGGCAUCGAGCUCUCGCCGGACGGCAGGACGCUGUACGCCUCGUCGGCCGACAAGGUCUACUCGUGGGCCUACGACGCCGCCGGCACCGGGGUCAGCGGCCGGCGGACGCUGGUGCAGAACAUGAGCAACUCGGACCACGUGUCGCGGACGCUGCUGCUGUCUCGCCGGGCCGAGGGCGUCCUGCUCGUGUCGCGCGGCAGCAGCGAGAACAUGGACAUGGAGACGCGGCAGGUCGGCUCCGGGCGGUCGCAGAUCCGGGCCUUCAACGUCACGGACCUGCCCAACGGCGGCAGGGACGCCUUCGACUACGGCUCCGGCGGCACGGUGCUCGGCUGGGGCCUGCGCAACUCGGUCGGCGUGGCCGAGGAGCCGCUGACGGGCGGCGUCUUCAGCGUCGAGAACUCGGCCGACCAGAUCCGGCGCCAGGGCAAGGACAUCCACCAGGACGACCCGGGCGAGGAGAUGAACUUCCACGGCUUCCUCAACGGGUCGCUGUCCUCAAAGGAGGGCAACCAGGGCGGCAACUUUGGGUACCCGGACUGCUUCGCGCUCUGGGGCACCGACGUCCCGGACAAGGGCGACAUGGUGGUCGGCAGCCAGUUUGCGCUCGAUCCCAACGACCAGCUCAACGACAAGACGUGCGCGGACAAGUAUGUCGCGCCACGGUUGACCUUUCAGGCGCACAUGGCACCCCUUGAUAUCAAGUUCAACUCCAACGGCACCGAAGCCUACGUAGCGUUCCACGGCAGCUGGAACCGCAACGACCCGGUAGGCUACAAGCUCUCGGUCGUCUCCUUCGCCAACGGGCAGCCCGUCGAGCCGCCCACCAGCACCACCGCCGCCAAGGACAUCCUGUCCAACGCCGACCUGUCGGCCUGCCCGGGCAAGUGCUUCCGCCCCGUCGGCCUGGCCAUCGACGACAAGGGCCGCAUCUUCAUGAGCUCCGACAGCACGGGCGAGAUCUACGUGCUGCAAAAGGGGGACAUGACCGCCCUCGGCGGCGGCGGUUCCGCAACGAGCACUCCCAACGUCGGUCCUCGUUCGGGUAGAUACCGAACGGCCGAGGGCGCCUGGAUGGCUGCUGGAGCUGCAGUGCUGGGUUUGCUUGGUGGGAUGUUGAUGGUUGCUAUUUGA